ACGCUGACAUGUAAAUAGUUGUUUACAACUGACUCAAGAAGAAAAUCUUAAAUACAAUAUGCAUGUGCAUCAACAAGGAACAUAAUUUUUUAAAGACAGGGAACAUAAAUCAAACAGUGCAAUUGGUCAAAUAUUUUAAAUUUAAUCCUAAGUGAUAUAACAAGAGAAAGAUAACUAAGCAUUUUUUCAAAAUGGAAAGACUUGGUCGCUGUCACGUACUCAUUGUUCUGCUUUUUAUUUUGAUCAGUGGGAUAGAUGAGAGUGAGGAAGUCUCUGUCGUUGUCGAAGAUAGGAAUGGGGAUUCUACCACUACCACAACCGUGAAAGUUGACAACCCAACAGACUGUAAUAAGGUUUUCCUUAUUAUUGUGACAGGAUCAGGACCGUUCAAUUAUGUGAUAGCUACUGGCAACACAGGUGAUGCCUUUACCACUGCCCUAGAUACAAAUAGCGGUGAUGAGAUACUACAGUGUAACAUGGCAACUAUAAGAACCAAUGCGAUUGUCUCGUACAGCUUGUCAAUAACUAUCACUGAUACUAGCGACUCAACGGCAACCACCCAAACUGUUACCGUGACUGUUGAAAACCUCGUUAUUCCAACCUCCAGCUGUUCUUGUUCUGCCGGAAACUACCUGUGUGAUGACGAUAAGACAUGCAUCCCCAAAGGGAAAUUGUGUGACGGUGAACAGCAGUGCCCGGACGGGGAUGAUGAAAAAAACUGCUUCAGCCGGUGUGCGUUUGGCCAGAUAAUAUGCCCAGGGACUGGAAAUUGCGCAAACGUAUGCAACAACAUCACUGAGUGUGAUAGGAAAGAGGAUGAACAAAACUGUGCCUUUGAAAAAGAACCUGGCCCUUCAGCUGAAGAAACAGAACAACGACUGCGAGAUCUGAUACGCCAAAUCUGUAACGAGCCACUUCGUAUUGAUGAUUUGGAACGUGAUGGUUGGAUGAUGGUGUUUAGGGCAACGUCUGCGAAUGGUAAUCAAGUCUAUCCAGCGUAUGCAAACGGCUACCAAACGACAACGAUUAAACCGAUCGACAUGGACAGGUCUUACGACAGCCACUACAGACUAAGACAGCUUGAGACCGUUUGGAACAAUGGUCUCGUCGUCAAUAAGGUAAAAGUUGGCCUGUACAAGAACAAUCGAGAAGUCGGUUAUAUAAUCUUCAAUGGGGUUGGCAGCAACUACACAAACUGGUUUCAAUCAUCACGGAUCAUGGAGUCAACAUGGUCGGACCUUACUCCCGCAGCCAUGUACAACGUUUUCUCUAUCAAGGGUGACCUGAAAAAUGGGAAGCUCAACAGGCGGUUCUUCAUCAAUGAGGUAUAUGACGGCUGUAAUGGUGACAUCGGCCACCUUGUGAUCAUCGAUGAAUCAAAAAUGAACAAAUGUAGGAUGGAUAAACAUGCUAAAACUCCAAUGAUUCUUUAUUCGGAGAGCAACUCAAACACCUUCUGGAAGAAUGGCUUGUAUGGAACUGCUGACUACUUUGCAGUGUUUGUUAUGUAAUUGCGAUUGAACCUGCUUUCAAAGUAACUUAAAUUUAAAGGGUUUAACUGUCGUUAUUUAGGGCGCAUGUCUACAACUCUUUAAAGCAAUGCAAUUAUCGAAAAACAACAACACCUGACAUGCUUUGUUAUUUGUUGAAAAUUACUUUACCAUCAAAAGCAUUACAUGCUUGAAAUACAUAUUCUUAUAUGAUUUUUUUUUGUUAUUUAUGUUGACUCGAAUAACAUUCUUAGUAAUACCAAUAUCGAAAACAUAUUCUGCAAUAUUUAUGACUGUUCUUGUAAUAAAAAGGCGACUUACGUGA